CUCGUCCAUUUUAAAAACCUUAUCCCUCCUCUCUCUCACUCUCUCUCUCUCUAACAUUUUCACGGAGAAAUUUGACGGCCGGUGUUAAAGCUUUUUGUGCAAAUUCUAUUUCAGCUUCUCUUCAUAUAAUAAAUUUAUUUAAGGGGUCUUAAUCCAAAUACUGAAGCGCAAAAAAACCAUAUAGACCCUUUUUUCCUGCUCAGAUUACAUCUGUAUGUGUUCUUUUAUUCAAAUAUGCAAAUCUCACUAGCCACUACAAUCCCGAAAGUACCUUCAUUCUGCACAUAUUACCAUUCCUCCUCGAACCAAACUCAAAACAAUGUACAAAAACCAAGCCAUAGUCUCUCAGCGCAAACACGCGUCAGUCUUCCAGCUCCAUGUGCUGUCAAAAGCUCCUCUACUGGUUUCUUGUCUGCCAUUGAGCGAGCAAUAGAGGAAGAAGAGUAUAGAAAAGCCAGGGCUGAGGUAAACCGAAAAGGGUUAAACGUUGAAGGUUAUUCAAUUGAAGGACACUCGAUUGGUGGCCACGAGACCUGUGUUAUUGUGCCACAACUAAAGGUUGCUUUUGAUAUUGGGAGAUGUCCUUCAAGGGCUGUUCAUCAAAACUUCUUGUUUAUCACUCACGCUCAUCUUGACCACAUUGGUGGACUUCCUAUGUAUGUUGCCACUCGUGGCUUGUACGGUUUGAAGCCUCCGACUGUCUUCGUACCUCCUUCCAUAAAAGAGGAUGUAGAGAAGUUGCUCGAUGUUCAUAGAUCUAUGAGUCAGGUGGAGUUAAACUUGGAGAUGAUAGCUUUAGAUGUAGGGGAAACAUAUGAAAUGCGGAAUGACCUUGUAGUAAGACCAUUUAGAACUCACCAUGUUAUUCCGAGCCAGGGCUAUGUGAUAUACUCGGUCAGAAAGAAGCUGAAGAAGCAAUACAUUCAUCUAGAGGGGAAAAAAAUUGAGAAAUUGAAGAAAUCGGGUGUUCAGAUAACAGAUAGCGUGUUGUGUCCAGAAGUAGCUUUCACAGGAGAUACAGCAUCGGAUUUUUAUCUUGAUCCUCGCAGUGCUGAUGCUUUGCGGGCAAAAGUUCUUAUAACUGAGGCAACUUUCUUGGAUGACAACUGCAGCGUCGAGCAUGCACGAGAGCACGGUCAUACCCAUAUAUACGAGAUAAUGGAGCAUGCAAAAUGGAUACGGAACAAAACGCUCGUUUUAACCCAUUUUUCACCACGCUACAAUAUUGAGGAGAUUCGUCAAGGUAUAUCAAAGUUGAAACCACAGGUAUCAGCUAAUGUGGUUGCCUUAACUGAGGGCUUCAAAUCAAUGCACUCGUAGUCAUUCUUUUGUAAGAAAGCUUACAUAUGAGUACCUAGUUAGUGGAACUAUGUAUUUUUUAGUUUUACUUCCAAAGUGUAGUUAUAGGUGGAAUUUCACACAUUUGGAAUUGUUAGGAAAAGUUUUUUGUGGCUAGUUGUGAGAAGUAAAGGGUAAGUCAUGCUCUUUUACUUUGUACAAAGUUUUCAUAUGCAUUCUCUAUGAUGUACCAAUUGUUAGAAACUGCUUUUAGAGGGAAUUGAGUUCUUUAUUUUUAACAA